AUGAAAACAAACAGUCCCACAACUCCAAACAUGACAGCAAUGUCCACCUCAACUGCUACCAAUUCAUCCUCUCCCUAUCUCUACUAUUUCCCAGUGACUGCCAUCCUUAUGCCUUCCUCUUCCUCACAAACUCAUCACCGUGAUGAUGGAUGCUAUUCACCCGUGUUGAGUCCUCAAACGAAGACAGUGUUCAUGACAAUACAGCGACUUCGUCCUCCUCGUGCUUCCUCAUCAUCGCCAAUGAUGUUUACUUUGGGAGGAGGCAAAUCAACGAACACUCAGAAUAACAGAUCGAUUGCCGAAAUCAUUCCACCAUGUAUUGUAGAAUUGAGAGAAAAGUUUCAGACCUUUAUAGAGCAAACAACGACAGCGAGUAAUCAAGCAUCGAAUAGUUCAACAAGCAAAGAUGCCUACAUGUUCAAGUUGGCAUUCUUGGAUGAGUUUUACAGUCCUUCAAAAAACAGAAUUCGAAAAUUUGAAAAUUUGGAUGCCUUGUUCACUUCUUGUGAUCGAUUUUUAAAGACUCUUUUAAAAUCGAGUUCCUCGAGUAUUGUCACAAAUAUUACCAAUGAUCGAUAUCCUUUUUUAUUGGCCAUGGAUGAAAUCGCAAAACAAAGUUCGAAUAUUCCACUAUUGUGCUCUCAUGAAUAUUGUUUGCAAUGGCUCAAAAAUCAAGCAAUUCUUGCUUCUAAAUAUUGUAAACAAGAAUUGGCGAAAAAACUCAAGUCAUCAACAGAGGAUGUAGCUCAAAUCUCUCCUGAAGAUGACUCAGACAACGAAGAAGAUGACGAAGAAGCCAUUAUUGAACAAGAUGACGGAAAGACAUGUACUGUGAACGAAUCAAAUGAUCAAGAAGAAGAUCUUACCAUGGACAACUAUGACGACACUGGGUUGAAAAUGUUAACCUUAAUGUUCAUGACUUGCUUGGAAGACAAAUUUUCCCUCUUCCAAAAAAAGAAUUCCAAAUUCAUGAAAAAAUGGUUCUCUAAAAACGUUAAGGAAUUUCCAAAUCAUGUGAUUGAUUUGUUGCAGAAAAAGAGACGCAAGUUCCUUCACUAUCAUCAUAAUUUCAAGCUCUCUGAGGAAGACAUGAAUGUCAAGACUUUGAUUGAUUCUGACUUUGAAUUUGCUUCCUACCUGAUGGAACACACCGAAGAUUGGAAAGUCCUUCUCGAUGAUGUUUGUGAUAUGGUCAUGUACAAAUCAAAAGAAAGCUACUCGAGUAUUUAUGGAAUGAGAAAUCAAAAAUCCAUUUGUACAGUUCCUUACUCUAUUGAAAAUGUCUUGAAGACACUUCUCACGAAUGAAAUGUUUGGAGAACGAAACGGAAUGCUUCUCGACAUGAAAUUUCAUGCUUUUCAAGAACUCGAUCCGAAUAUAUCCUCAAAAAAGUAUUCCACUGUCAUUCAAACAAGUGUCAUGAAUUAUGGAGCUCUAUUCAAGAAGAGAUCUCUUGAAAAUGUCAUUUCCACACGUGCCAUCUUUUGUGGCAACCAAGUACAAGAAGUGAUUCACUUGUACAAAACUUGUUCCUACGUUUCCAAACAAGAUGAUUCCAAAGCUCCUGUGAAAAUAGUCGUUUUCGGAUGUCGUCGCUACACCAAAGAUGAUACCAAUCGAACACGAAUUGUGGAUUGUCGUCUCAUGAACAUGGGUGGAUUUUUCAUGAAUUCGGAUUUUGUGGUCAACACGUUGGGUGCUAGAAGGAUGGCUGAGGAAUGGUAUGAAUUUUUGAACAUGAUGCUGACAGAGGCUGCAAAUAAUCACUUUAAGGCACCCGAUCCAAAAGAACAUUACAUUUGGAGAACUCUGUGUGAUUAUUGUCGAGUGCAUUGUAAGGUGGAUAUCACAAAAUGGUGA